AGCUCCCUCUCCAAUCCAUGCCCAGCAAGGGCGUAAAUACGAAAUAAUGUCGUUUUACUUUGCCAUUGUUGGCACGCAAGAUAACCCCCUUUUCGAGUAUGAGUUCGGCAGCUCGAAGCAAGGCGGAGAUGGAAUCGCGCGGUUUCCGGAGCAGGCCCGCUAUAUGAACCAGUUCGUGGUGCAUAGCAGCCUGGAUAUUGUGGAGGAAGUGCAAUGGGGGACUGGGCUGAUGUAUCUGAAGUGCCUCGAUCGGUUUUACAAUAAUUACGUCUCAUGCUUUAUCACCCCUGGAAAUAUCAAGUUCCUCCUCCUACAAAUGCCCUCACAACCUACUGGUACGGCGAUAUCAACCCGGGCGUCGACAUCAAUCGCAGCGAACCCAACAUCCCCCCAGACCGAAGAGGCAAUCCGACAGUUCUUUGUUGAGGUAUACGAGAACUGGGUGAAGACAACUAUGAGCCCAUUCUACCAAGUUAAUAUGGAAGUGAAAAGCCCGGUCUUCAGGAACCGCGUGGUGGCGUCCGCAAAGAAAUACUUGUAAAUUAUUAGGAAGGUACUGGGCGGGCGUUUCUCUGGUCUAACGAAGUUAUGAAUGAAUAGAUGAGGAUACUACGU